AUGCAAUGUGCCCUAGGCUUAUACCCCAUCUACCCUCCGACGGAACGGAUUGUUACUUCUCUUGCUAUGGAUGCGCAACGUUUUGACUACAGAACGUAUAGCAGUGAAAAGAUACUCUCGUUGUGGCGACAAACAUGCGAUGGACGCAUGGCGUAA